AUGAGAAAAAAACCUAACCAUAUUUCUUUCUCUACUAGUUCAACACAAGACACAAUUUUCAAACCCAGACUUCUUCAGCUGGAAUGCCAUUUUACCUGGGCUCUGAACAAAAAUGAUGCAGAUCUCACUGACCUUCUGAACAGGCUAGAAGAACAGCUUAACCUGGAUCUUGGAGGAGAGGCAGGAGUUGCACGCGCACACAGCUAUAUGGGAUUUGUGAAAUUUCUUCUUGGCUCCAAUACUGAGGCUCUCAGCAACUUUGAGAGAUCUGUAGAGCUCACAAAGUCUCAUGGAAAUGACUGUGACAAGUUGCUUGUUGUUGCUUAUGGAGAUCUUGCAUGGUUAUACUAUCACAUGGGUAAUUUCACAGAGUGUGAAAGCUACUUGAGUAAGCUGAGCGAGAUUAAAGUGAAAUAUCCAUCUGUCCCAUAUGCUGAGGUGCUUGGAGAAAAAGGAUGGACAUUACUUAAGUUUUCUCGCAAAUAUUAUGAAAGGGCUAAAGAGUGCUUCAAGAAGGCCCUGGAGCUGGAACCAGAGGAGGGUGAAUGGAAUAGCGGCCUUGCUAUUGUUCUGUAUCGGCUGGAGUAUAUACUCCAAGAGUCAGCGGCGUCAAAUGAAACUUCAACUGAAAAUUCAAUUGAUCAGCUUAGACGGGCCAUAGCCACGAACCCAGAUGAUGAUGUUCUUAAGGUUCUGCUUGCUCUUAGAUUGGCUGCUCACAAGAAGCGCAAUGAGGCAGAGAGCCUAGUGGAGGAAGCCUUAGAGAGCUCUCCAGAACAUCCACAUGUGAUUCGAUAUGUUGCAAAGUUUUUGCGGAAUCAAGGGUCUGUGGACAGGUCUAUUGCCCUCCUAAAGAGAGCAUUAGAGAAAGUGACCAAUGCAGCCUUUAUACACCAUCAGCUGGGGCUUUCCUAUAAGAAAAAGAUCCAGAAUCUGAGGUUUGCAGGAAGCCACCACAAAAAAGGUGCUGAAAUUAAGCAAGCUCAAGAGCAGUGCAUCUACCAUUUGGAGAUGGCGACCGAACUGAAGACUGGCUUCAUCCUUGCUAUGAGCGAUCUGGCCCUCCAGUAUGGGGCGAAGCGGGAUAUGCAGAGAGCAGAAGAAAUGUUCCAGAAUACAUUUCAGACAGCUAAAGAAAGAAAUGAGGGCUGCCAGUAUGUUCAUCUCUGUUAUGCAGAAUUCCAGCAGUACAGUAUGAAAUGUGAGCCUGCUGCCAUCAAACACUACACUGAAUGUCUGACUUUAAAUCCAAAGACAUGUCAUGGGAAGAAAAGUGCUGGAAGUCUGAAAAAGAUUGCAAAGAGAAGAAUUGAGAACAACCCAGAGGACGGAGAGGCCUUUGGAAUACUUGGAAUAAUUCAUAAGGAACAAGGAGAAAAGCAACAAGCCAUAGAGUGCUUUGAGAAAGCGCUGAGUUGUGAAGACAAUGAGGAUUAUCUCAGUCAUCUUUGUGAACUUCAGAUUUCAAUCCAGUAAUAUUUUUUAAUUAAUAACCUGUUUGAUAUAUAGCCGAUUACUUGCACAUUCAUGAUAGUUAAUGGUGACUGUAUGCUAUCUGAAAUUUUAGAUUAUAUAUUCUUCUUCUGGCUGCUCCCGAUUUGGGGUCGCCACAGCGGAUCAUCUCAUCUCAUCUCUUCUCAUUAUCUCUAGCCGCUUUAUCCUUCUACAGGGUCGCAGGCAAGCUGGAGCCUGUCCCAGCUGACUACAGGCGAAAGGCGGGGUACACCCUGGACAAGUCGCCAGGUCAUCACAGGGCUGACACAUAGACACAGACAACCAUUCACACUCACAUUCACACCUACGGUCAAUUUAGAGUCACCAGUUAACCUAACCUGCAUGUCUUUGGACUGUGGGGGGAAACCGGAGCACCCGGAGGAAACCCACGCGGACACGGGGAGAACAUGCAAACUCCACACAGAAAGGCCCUCGCCGGCCCCGGGGCUCGAACCCAGGACCUUCUUGCUGUGAGGCAACAGCGCUAACCACUACACCACCGUGCCGCCCCAUAGCGGAUCAUUCGUCUCCAAAUUUAUAUAUACCGUAAAAUACCAAAUAAUAGCCGAGUUCCAAUUAACCGCCGAGUUCCCUUUAACGGCCGGGUGUACGCGUGUGUUGUGACAAAUAAAGGCCGGUUCCGAAUACUCGCCGGGGUCUAAAAAAAAAAAAAAAAGCGUCCGAACGUUCUAUCUAGAAUCUUGAGGCCCAGCACUUUUCUGGUUUUCUGGUGUUUAAACGAUUUUGCAUUGCAUAGUUUUCUACCGAAACAAUAUGAAUGAAAUUAUUUCUAUAAUACUGCUUACAACAUUUUGUUACGCAGGGGUGAUAGCGUUCCGGCGCGCCGUGGCUGGGGGAAAAAAAAAUCUAGU